CAGGAUAACACAGAGACAAACAGAAAUCAACAACGCAAAGCACACCAAUUACACAACGUAACCGACGAAUCACGUAAUCGACCGAUCAUGGAUCAGACUGAGAACACGCAGGUGGAGGUGGUUGAGAGGAAGAUUGCGGUGUGGACCUUCAGACGGUCACUCGAGCCCCUUGCCACUCGGCUGGAGGGAAAGGUGCUCAGGGCCUCAUGGGAGCACGAGGGCUACUACUGGGGUGUCUGGGAGCCCGAGCGGUUGGAGAUGGUCCCAGAUAGUGAACGCCGACCAUGCGACGCCAAUAUAAUCCACAAGGAGUCGGAAGAGGAUUACCCCUUCUUCCGUUGGGCACGCCCCUACGCGAGACGCACGAUGUCCUGACGGUUGUUAGGCCCACCAAGUUUCAUGUGCCCCCGGUCAUCUACCACACAUCACGCCAUGGUUGGGAGUGCACCAUCAUUGGCCAAGUCCAAGGGCGUGCUCUCGAGUUCGCCAUUAUGGAUGUGGCCGGGGGCGGAGUUGGGUGGAUCGAAGACUCGACGUCUCCCGUUCAUGUUGCCGAAGUAACGCGGAUCUGCACCCGCGUGGCUGACCAGGUGGUAGAUGCGGUCGUAGAGAUGUCCCAGUGCACGGAGAGCAAAGUCUGCGGUUUGGACAGAAAGGCCUCUCCCGAUCCUCACUUUGCCAACAUCGGCACGGCGGGGGACGAGGUGCUCUCCCUGGAGGAGGUGGCCCGGAAUUGCAAAGAUGCCGGGAUGGAUCCUUGUGAUACAGUGCUGGGUCCCGGAAAUCUGAGCGCUGAAAACAUCAUGUUGGACAAGGACGGCAACUUUGUCGGCUUUUCCGGCCUUCUCUGGGCUGGGUAUGCGCCCCGCAGCUGGGUCCAGCUUGGGAUGAUUGAUCCGAGUGACUCGUCAGCAGCGGAUCUCCGAGCGUACACCUGCGCGCUACCAGGACCGCGUGGGGUCAAACCGGGCCCGGGUGAUUCGAUUCUGCUUUUGUGGCAAAAGAUCUUGUCGGAGAAGUUGGCCUCCAAAGGGUUCCCAAAGCUAGACGCCUAUCGCCUUCGCUGGCUUCGGCGGCAGAAGACGGUAACGGAUGACCUCGAGCGAACUGAAGAAUGAAGACGAAAAAGACUGAAAGGUGACAUGAUAGCAUAGAUAGGAUACCUCCCUCACAAAGAAUGC